CUUGUCAUCCAAACACCUCGCGCCGCCCCUUUGUUCUCGUCUCUUGCGUCCUCCUGUCAUCUUCCGCCGCUCGUCUUUUUGUCGGUCUGCCGAUCUGACACGAUGAGCGCUGGUCUCAAGCACGGCGUUGUUCCGGCCAGGAACCGGGACGGCGUCGUUCCACAGGAGCCCUCCGAGACCUCAUCGAUCGUGUUCGAAUGGCCCCUCCGCGGCCUCAAGUCCAUGUUUGACUCGUCCAAGUCCGACACUAAGUCCAAGGUGGUCAAGUCGACGCCAUUUGGCGGUGGCAAAUGGACCGUCCUCUUCUACGCGCAGAGCGGUCAUGACCAGUUUUGCUCGCUCUACCUCAACGCCGAGCCACUUCCCCAUGAGAAAGCACACCCUCUUUUGCCCCCUCUCAAUCAGAACCCAGCCACGUCUGCGACGGACUCUUCCAAGUCGUCGCGCUCGCAAGACGAAAAGUGGCAGCGCAAGGGUCUCUUUCGCUUCGUCUUUACGAUCCAGACGCUCGAAAGCAAGGAGAACCUCGGAUCCAAAGAGGCCCAUGACCACGCCUUUUCCAACAGGACCUCUAAUUGGGGAUGGGCGCAGUUCGCUAAGCGAGAGAGCGUCUACUACAAGCAGGCCGACGUCAUUAAGGACGAUGGCUUCCUCAUCACAGUCACCAUCACGGCCACGUCUGAGAAGCCCAAGCUCCUCCCACCCGUCACCCACCCGGUCCCGCCAGUCUUGAUCCAGGCCAUGGGCUCGCUCCUCGAUGAUCCCGAGCACAGCGAUGUCGUCUUCUACCUUCCACCAAGGCGCCGUCGCAUGAGGGAGCGCGGCGAGACGAGAAAGGUGUACGCCAUUCGCAAGAUUCUCGCUGCUCGCUCAGAGUACUUUCGAGACAUGUUUGAGAGCGGCUUUUGCGAGGCAGAGGCCGAGUCGUCGUCAGAGGACGAAGGCGAGAGCGAGCGACGGGCGAUGCAGAACGACGAUGCACAUCCCCACGGCUCUCACGACUCAGCCGCUCGCGCAGAUCAACAGAGACGCGCAGAUGACGGAGACAGCGCAAGCGAAAACUACGACUACGACCUCUAUCCCCACGAGGCCCUUCUCGAGGACUCUGACGAAGAGAUCGACGAGUUCUACAGCCCGAGCGUGGGUCCAGCGCUCACCUUCGAAGGGCCGACGCCCAACAAGUUGAGCCGUGGAGAGAUGCUUCCUUUUCGAAGCCCCGGCGAUCGCCCCGCCCGCUCGUCGCACUCUUCUCCAUCGCCUAUGGGCGGUGGAAGCUCUAGAGAGGAUCUCAAAGCAGGAGAGGAGGGAGAGGAAGAGGAAGAAGACGAUAAUGAAGACGGCCCUGAAGACGACUCAGUCGGAGAGGAUGAGGUGGCCUCAGUUGUUGCCGCAGUUGUCAGAGGUGCCGGCGGCAUCAACAACUACAGCAGCAGCAGCGUGACUCAGCUUCGUCGAGCCAGCAGCCGCAACACCUCUCGAGAGUCGGUCGAAGGUGUCAGGGGCACUCGGGCUACUGGCAGUCUUGGCGAAAGGAAGACGUCCAAGGAGAGCCUUGAUGGCCAAAGUGGCGCUGAAGGUGACGCCAGUGUGCCUACCUUCAAGUCCCCUCUGAGCGGCAACAGGAAGAAUCAGAGGGCCGAAGAGCCAAUGCUUUUGAAGUCAAGCAAGAAGAAGAGAGACGGCGCAUCCGAGGGUCGUAGUGACCGCCGUAAGAGGCGCAAGGUCAUCGUUCCCGAUAGCGCAUACCCGACAUUCAAGGCGCUGCUCUUUUUCCUCUACACAGACACGGUCGAGUUUGCGCCGCUCACCUCGAGCUACCUGCCCAGCAAUGUUGCAGGAGACGGCGAGGGCGAAGAUCUCCCUGCAUCCAGCUAUGCCUCUCCCAUGCGUUUCGGCUCGUCUUCGUCGUCGAGACAGCUUGCUCACACCCGUGAAGACAGCGGUGUAUUUGCCGAAGAGCUGCAAAAGGCGCACCAGAAGCGCAAGCAGGCGAUCGAGAAUUACGUCCGACGCAACCCAGGAAGGCCCACGCCCUGCUCCGCGAAAGCGAUGUACAAGCUUGCAGACAAGCUGCAGAUCCCCGACCUGAAGAAGCGUGCACAGGAGCACAUCGAGAUGAGCCUUACCGUUGGCAACAUCGUCUGGGAGGUCUUUUCUGGCUUCAAUACGCAGUACCCCGACAUUCGAAAGAUGGAGACAGACUUCCUGCUCAAGCACUGGCGCUCCGUCAAGAGGAGCACGGCCAUGAAGACGCUCUUUAGCCGUGCGAGCGCACACCCCGGCCUUGCAGAGGUGUGGCCCCACCUGCUCGCCUGCCUUGAAUACAAGGAGCCAAAGGGCGAUGAAGAAGUCGAGGAGGACUACGAGUGAUUGGUGCCUCUGACCUUGACUCGAGCGACAAGAUACGAUAGAAUCAUUUGUACAUUUCCCUUUCCAAGUCAUUAUGUGUCUUUUUACCUCUCUCAAUCAUUCACG